AUGGCCGCCCCAUGGGUUGACGGGCCCUACCACUUCAGCAAUGGCGCAGACAGCAUGUUCUUUGGUCCCAUGUCGCCAGACGAGCUUCCUCCCGGCGUCGACGACCUCCAGAACGGCAUUCCCACCUUUGGCAGCGAUUGCGACUUGUCUCCCUUCGGCAGCGAACGCGGCUGCUCAAAGUCGCCUCACAGCUCCGUCUUUUCCGGUUACGCCCCGCCAGCUCCGCCGGUCCAGCCGCUGGUGACGAGUUUUCCCGCCGCCCAAGUCCACAACGAUGUGCCGAGUGCGUGGGAUGUGCCCAUGGACACCGAUUUCACCGAUCUGGACGCCCUGUCAAACUCUCCGGCUUCGUCGGUCCAAACUCCCCCGCUGGACACGCCUUUCGACCCGGCUCAGGGCUACAUGUCCGAUGGCUGUCCCCCGAGCGAGCAGAGCUGGGAGAUGGUUCCCUCCAGACACGGAAGUGUCAUGUCGUGCGACGGUUUUUCGCAAAGCUCCCAUGGACGGCCGAGCAUUGACUCGCAAUUCCAAGCUGUGAACAGCACCCCGCUGCCGCAGAACAUUGGAGACAUGACUGGACGAGUUUGGAGCAACCAAUGGCAUGAAGGCGAGCUUUCGGAUCUCGUAUCUCCAAGCGAACCUAGUAUGCAGGUUUCUAACUCUAACAGCCAGUUUCCCACGGGUAGUAUGAUGGGCUUCCCGCAGGAUGCGUACCAGCAGCAGUUUGGCCACGCCACGGCUUUGGUCCCUCAUCAGCAUGUCGGUGGUAUGAGCCCCCCCUGGAGCAGUCAGCAUCCACGAGAUCACUUAAACAUCCACGCUGGAGCAGGUGUCCAUGUGUUCAGUCCCGAGUACAUGUAUCCGUCCGCAAGCGACCUCUGUCCCAUGGGUCAGGGUCCUCUCAUGGAUCCGACGUAUCCCGAGAUGCCCGUCACCCCAGAUGAAUCAGCGUUCUCGAUGUUUUCAGGAAGCCCCUUUGAGCAAUAUGCCUGCCCGACUCAAAUAGCACAGGGAGUUACCUUCCCGGCUGAUGCCAUGGGUAACUUCCCCGCCCACGGGAUGGACCAGCCCAUGGCCAUUGAGACGUCUAUGGACUUCAUGCCGCCUGUAUCGCCGUAUGGCAUCCCGGACUACGUUAUCAACCCAACUGCCAUUUCCCCGAGACCCGCCGAGAUCCCUCGCACGGCCAACAUCGAAUUGGCCUUGUCAGAGGCUUCAUGGAACUCGAUGCAGGUUGACGCCUGCACUCCUACUCAUGAUAGCCCGCCUAUGAUUAUACCAAAGUCAUCUGAGAGUCCUCCUGCUUUUGCCUCUGAUGUUCAGGAGGCUCAAUCUGAGUCAUCCGCACAAAGAAACGGCGGCAGGCAGCUAGGGUCUCACCUUGAUGCUCACAAGAGGAAGAAUGCCAAUGCCAUGCGUGAAGUAGGCGCAUGCUGGCCCUGCGCUUUGCAAAGGGAUAGUUGCGGGCACGGCGACCCUUGCCAACGGUGCGAAAAGCGUAAGAACCGUCCAAACGGCCCUCACCCCCAACUCCCUUGCGACAGGACGCCGCUUUGGGAGCUUUUGGAGUACUUCUUGCCAUCUUGCAUGACCGAGCUUCACCAGCCUCAGGCGCUCUUCCAGUUUGUUGAGCAGCACACGCAGGGCUGGUCGAACAACCGCAUUAGGAUCCGGAUCAUCCCCGGCCGGAACCUGCCGCCGAUGGCCUGCGAAGCUUAUGAGUUCCACCCAAGGACGAACGAGCCGAGGCGGCAGUUCCAGUACUUCAAGAACACGUCUACUGGCGCGCCGAUGCGGACGGAGAACAUGUCUCCGCCCCUCGGGAUGAAGCACAUUGAAAAGGAGGACCAGAAGUACUAUUCUCGUUACCUGGACACCAUCAUUGAGCAUCACUUUGAGCCUUUUGCGAGAAUGUACUGCUCCGACGAUGAGCAUGACUUCCAGUACCGCUUGCUCAUGCUUAUGAGGACUUUCUCACCGGAGGCUGCAGACGAGAAGAGGCUCCUCCACGACGUGCUUCGCCUCAUUGUUGUGACCUACAUCAUGGGCCACACGCUCAUCUUGGACGAGCAGUCCAGGCAGCAGGCUCUCUCCUCCCUCUCCACCUCUCCACACAUCCCCCCAUCGUCCUACGGCACCUUCUGCAGCCCUCGCGUUGUCAACCGGCAACUCAAGUUCCUCUUCUGCUCUCUGCACCAGCAGAUCAUGGACUCUGUGUAUCGCAAGUUGCAGCAGAUCCUCAAGCGCGGCACUUCCUGGCCAGGCAAGUGGACGUCCGCGUUCGUCUGCAUGCUGGGCCUCGCCAUGUGCCACGAGGACACGCAGAAGACGGUGCACCUGAUCAUGGACUACAAGACGGUCGCGGACCGACUCGACCCGCGUAUGGCACAGAAGCGCGCCGAGACGGCAUGCGAGGCCAUCGACAUGAAGUUCCUCUUCGUGAUGGCACUGUUCCUGCGCCGCAGCUCCAAGAGCCCCAACCCGCUCAACGAGCGCGACUUCGAGCAGUGGUGGCGCGGGAACCCCGACGGCCCGGGCAAGACCUGGAUGCUGGGCUUCCGGGACCUCGUGAACGAGGGCCAAAACUUCAUGUACCUGCAGCAACAACGCCACGUCAAGGCAGACCAGCCGGGCAACUUCACCGCCCGGCUCGUCGCGCGGUUCCUGACGGCGCUGUCGGGCAACGCGGUGAACUAG